AUGACGGUCCCCUGGACUCGGCUCAUUCGCUUCAUCGCGACAGAUGGUAGAACACUGCGCGGUGACCCAAUCCUGCCAAGCCCAGACUUUGACUUGGGCACGACUACAGAGAGCACCAACCUAAAAGCACGUGUCAUCAAGGGAGAGGACAUCUACGAUACCACUGGCAAAACUGUCGUGUCCGAUGAGAUUGUUACUGUCAAAACGCUGCUCGGGCCCCUGACAGAAGGUGAUGUUCCUAUCAUUCGGUGUAUAGGGCUCAACUAUUCCAAACACAUUCGUGAGGCAGGUCGUAAACCACCUCCUUUUCCCAUGAUCUUUCUCAAGCCCAGCACGUGUAUACAUGACCACGGGGCGAAUGUAAAGGUCCCAAAGAUCGCACAGGACAAGGAUAUAGACUAUGAAGGAGAAUUCUGUUUUGUGAUCGGCAAAGACGCCAAGGAUGUCAAGAGGGAAGAAGCGUUGAAAUAUAUCGUCGCAUACACUGCGGGCAACGAUAUGUCUACAAGAAAACUCCAACGAAACCCUGAGUAUGCUGGCGUCGUGCCCCAGUUUUCAUUCUCCAAGGGAUUUGACACGUAUGCGCCUGUAGGCCCAUGUCUUGUUCGAUCUGAUGUCAUUGGUGACCCGGCAUCACUGCAUUUAAUGACGAUUAUCAAUGGCGACAUCAGACAAGACGAAUCUGUGAGCGAUCUACUAUUCGAUACUGCCUACCUGAUUGAGUACCUGUCCAGCGGGACAACCCUCAAAAAGGGCGAGGUUUUUAUGACCGGCACUCCUGGAGGUAUUGGCCUUGGCAUGGACCCGCCCCAGUUUCUACAGCCAGGAGAUAAAAUGGAGGUUAAUAUAACAAAAAUCGGGACUUUACGAAACGGUGUAGACUUCGAGUAA